GAGGCGUAGGUUGGAGUUAUCCGAACGAUGUUUGUGUUUUUCCCUCGCUGAGCUGAGCUGAGCCGAGUGUCUCACUUUGCAUUUCACACCACAUCAUGUCUCUUCUCAAAUCCCUCACUUCAAAUUCCUCUGCUUUCAAUUUCAAACCAUCGCAAACCACCAUCGCCCGAACCUCUCCUUACAGAGGUGGCCUUUUCAUCCUUUUAGCUCGAGAUAGAUCAUGUGCUUGAUGAAUUGUCAAACUGAAAAUUGAAACGGUGUUCUUACGAACAGCUUGUUCUUCCACCAGGAGAACUAACUCUCUUGACUUGUUUUGUUCCCGGGGAAUCUCGUCAGUUAAAGUGGUAUCUUUUUCAAACAUAUCAAACUACUGUACUCAUUCAAGGGACGAGAUUUUUUCUUCAAAGCGAAGAUCAAGAGGGCCUGUGAUGGCAGGAAAGAAAGCCUCUGAAGGAGUCAAGCAAGAGGAUGGCAAAUACAAGCACACCGUUGAUCUUCCCCAGACAUCAUUUGGUAUGAGAGCUAAUUCGUCAAUAAGAGAGCCUGAAAUUCAGAAAAUAUGGGAAGAGAAUCAAGUAUUCAAAAAAGUUGUUCAGAAAAAUAGUGGGGAAAAUUUUAUUCUUCAUGAUGGUCCUCCAUAUGCCAAUGGUGAUCUUCAUAUUGGCCAUGCCUUAAAUAAAAUUUUGAAAGAUAUUAUAAAUCGUUAUAAGGUCCUUCAAAACUAUAAAGUUAAUUUUAUACCCGGAUGGGAUUGUCAUGGCCUACCAAUUGAAUUAAAAGUUUUGCAGUCACUGGAUCAAAAGGCUAGAAAUGACCUCACACCAUUAAAGUUAAGAGCAAAGGCAGCUAAAUUUGCCAAAGAAACUGUUAAAAAUCAGAUGUCAUCUUUUAAGCGCUAUGGAGUAUGGGCAGACUGGAAUGAUCCCUAUCUAACCCUAGAUCCAGAAUAUGAAGCUGCCCAGAUUGAAGUAUUUGGCCAGAUGGCCUUAAAAGGCUAUAUCUACAGAGGCAGAAAACCUGUUCACUGGAGUCCUUCAUCUCGGACAGCACUUGCUGAGGCUGAGUUGGAGUAUCCUGAAAAGCAUGUUUCAAGAAGCAUAUAUGCCAUUUUCAGAGUUGUGAGUGUUCCUCAAACAUCAAGUUCCCUAUUACAAGAAUUUCCAAAUUUGUGCUUGGCUGUAUGGACUACAACUCCCUGGACUAUUCCUGCCAAUGCAGCUGUUGCGGUGAAUCCUAAGCUUGAAUAUGCUAUCGUUGAAGUAAAGUCUUCACAAGAGCACGACCCUUCAUCUGGUGGAACAGGAAAGAAAGGGCUUGGACUUGUUUUGAAGGAUGAGAAGAAGCCAUUUCUUAUUGUAGCUUCAGAGCUUGUGCCAAAGUUAGAGACAAAAUGGGGUGUGAAGCUUGUAGUCAAGACAAAGCAAUUGGGUUCAAACUUAGAAAACUGCAGGUACAUUCAUCCAAUAGAUAAUAGGGAAUGUCCUGUCGUAAUUGGUGGAGAUUAUAUUACCACAGAAACAGGAACAGGACUGGUCCAUACUGCUCCUGGACAUGGUCAGGAAGACUAUAUAACUGGACAGAAGUAUGGACUACCCAUACUUUCUCCAGUAGAUGAUGAUGGAAAGUUCACUGAAGAAGCUGGGCAGUUUAGUGGGCUUGAUGCUCUUGGUGAAGGUAACACUGCUGUUGUGAAAUAUUUGGAUGAACAUCUCUCACUCAUCAUGGAGGAAUCAUAUGAACAUAAGUAUCCAUAUGAUUGGCGAACAAAAAGACCUACUAUAUUUAGAGCAACAGAGCAAUGGUUUGCAUCUGUGGAGGGAUUUCGUGAUGCUGCUUUGGAUGCUAUUGGCCACGUAAAAUGGGUUCCACCUCAGGCAGAAAACAGAAUAUUGGCAAUGACUUCUAGCCGCUCUGAUUGGUGUAUAUCACGACAAAGGACAUGGGGUGUCCCCAUUCCAGUUUUUUAUCAUCUUCAGUCUAGAGAACCUCUUAUGAAUGAAGAGACAAUUGAUCAUAUCAAAUCUUUCAUAGCCCAAAAGGGUAGUGAUGCAUGGUGGUACAUGACAGUAGAGGAUCUUCUCCCUACUAAGUAUCGAGAUAAGGCAGCAGAAUAUGAAAAAGGAACUGACACAAUGGAUGUAUGGUUUGAUUCAGGUUCCUCCUGGGCUGCAGUCUUGGGAAAAAGAGAUUCCCUUAGUUUUCCUGCGAACUUGUAUCUUGAAGGAACAGAUCAGCAUCGAGGGUGGUUUCAGAGUUCAUUGUUAACAAGUGUAGCUACAAGAGGGAAGGCUCCAUAUUCUAGUGUUUUAACACAUGGAUUUGUAUUGGAUGAGAAAGGCUUAAAAAUGAGCAAGUCUUUGGGUAAUGUGGUGGAUCCACGUAUUGUGAUUGAAGGAGGCAAAAAUCAAAAGGAAGCACCAGCAUAUGGAGCUGAUGUCCUUCGACUAUGGGUUUCUAGUGUAGAUUAUACAGGUGACGUGAUGAUUGGCCCUCAGAUUCUUCGUCAAAUGUCUGAGAUUUACAGAAAAUUGCGAGGAACUUUGAGAUAUCUCUUGGCAAAUCUUCAUGAUUGGAACACGAAAUGCACGGUUCCAUACCAUGAACUUCCGAGGAUCGAUCAACAUGCACUAUUUCAGCUUGAAAAUGUUGUAAAAAACAUUCAAGGAAAUUAUGAAAAUUACCAGUUUUUUAAAAUAUUUCAGAUUUUGCAGAGGUUUGUCAUUGUUGACCUGUCAAAUUUUUAUUUUGAUGUUGCCAAAGAUCGACUUUAUGUUGGUGGAUCAACAAGUUAUACAAGGAAAAGUUGUCAAACAGUUCUUGCAGCACAUCUCCUUUCCAUUGUGAGAAUAAUAGCACCGAUAUUGCCCCAUUUAGCUGAGGAUGUGUGGCAGAAUCUUCCUUUUCAGUAUAUGACUCGAGAUGGUUCUAUUGCUGAUUAUGUAUUUGAAUCAAGAUGGCCCACCUUGAAUGAAAAAUGGCUUGCCCUCCCUGUUGAAGAAAUUGAUUUCUGGGAGAAUAUUCUUGAGCUGAGAACAGAAGUGAAUAGAGUAUUGGAAGUUGCUCGAACCGGCAAACUAAUUGGGGCCAGUUUAGAUGCAAAGGUUCAUGUCUACACAUCUGAUGCCAGGCUGGCAUCCCAACUAUGUGAACUAUGUGCGGCCAAAAAUGAUGCCGAUACAUUGCACCGUCUAUUCAUAACAUCUCAGGCUGAGAUUCUUCCCUCAUUGGAGGACGAACACAUAGUAAAUAUACCAUAUAGUGGUGAAUGCCUAAUUCAAGGGAAGAGUAAGGUCUGGAUUGGCAUAUCUCGUGCUGUGGGUUCCAAGUGUGAAAGAUGCUGGAAUUAUUCACAGCAGGUUGGGUCAUUUUUGGACCACCCUACCCUCUGCAGCCGCUGCUACGAUGUUGUUGCUCCUCAGAUGCCCUCUGAAGUAGCAGCAAUCAAUUAAGAUUUUGGAAAAAGCGAAGUUAUUUGAAAUCCAAAAUAUUUUAUUUUUU